UGCUGAACUAGUCUCACUCCCAAGCACACUCUCUCUCUGUAACUGUCAAACCCUUGCGUGCCCUCCACGAAAUCAACCAAACGCGGUGUAACCUCUACCGCCGCCGAUUCUCUCUUCUCCGACGACGACGGUCUUCACCACCCUGUCAUCCUCCACGAUCACCACCACCACCACCACCACCACCACCACCACCACCACCGUACGUGAUUCCGACGAAAUCAGCGAAACACCACAACCUCCGUUGACCGUGCCCCAAUCACAAAAACCCUAAUUGUACCCCAUUCCAAUUCAAUUCUCACCAUGGAUUCCAUUUUCGACAUGAAAUCCUUAAGCCAUGGCUUAGUUUGUGGCCUGCGAGAGCGAGACAAAAAUCUUCCAAACACAGAGGAGGAAGAAGAGGAUAAGCGUGAAAACUUUACAAUUCUGAGUGAACUCGAGAUCAAGCGACUUCAAGAGGAUGCCAUUAACAAGGUUGCAUCGGUGCUCUGUAUACCCGAUGCUUCUGCUUGUUUUUUGCUCUGUCACAAUCUGUGGAAUGUGACCAAAGUUCUUGAAUCUUGGUGUGAAGAUGAAGAAAAAGUUCAGAAGGCUGCAGGGUUGUUGAACCAACCCAAGGUGGAGAUUGACUGGCUGAAAGAUUUGUGUCAGGUCUGUUUUCGAUCGUCCGAGAAGGGUAAGAUUUUGUCUGCUGGGUGUGCUCAUCCAUUGUGUGAAGCUUGCUGGAUGGAUUAUAUAGACACAAACAUUAACAAGGGUCCUUCUAAGUGUUUGACACUUAGGUGCCCUGAUCCUUCUUGUGAUGUAGCUGUGGAUCGAGACAUGAUUCGUGAACUUGCUAGCGAGUCGAGUAAAGUGAUGUAUGAGCAGUUUUUGUUAUGGUCUUAUGUGGAUAGCAAGGCGAAGAUGAGGUGGUGCCCUGCGCCGGGUUGUGAUUAUGUUGUGUGUUAUCAAGGUGAUGGUGGUUGUGCUAGAGAUUUGGAUGUUACCUGCCUUUGUUAUCACAGCUUUUGUUGGAGGUGUGGGGAAGAAUCUCAUAGUCCUGUGGAUUGCGAAACUGCUGGUCGAUGGAUGAAGAAGAUUGAUAAGUCUACAUCUGAGAAUGGAAAGUGGAUUCUUGCUCAUACUAAACCAUGUCCUCGAUGCAAGAGUCUUAUUGAGAAAAACCAAGGGUUCAAGUACAUGACAUGUAAAUGUGGUUUUCAAUUUUGCUGGGUAUGCUUUCAUGAACAGUUGAAAUGUGAAAGCAGAAGUUGCAGUCCUUUUAUUCGCAUGCAUAUUAUGGAGUUUCAAGGUACGGAUGGGGAAGAAGUGGAGAUAAAUAUGGAAAAAGAUAAUCCAAAAAAGUGCAAUCACUACUAUGAGUGUUGGGCUAGAAAUGAUUUUUUAAGUAAAAGUAUUCUACAGAAAUUGAUUGACCUGGAUAGAAAGUACCUGAGCAUGUCACUGCAAAAGCGCGAAACUUAUUUUGACUUCGUAAAAAAGGCCUGGCAACAAAUAGCUGAAUGUAGAAGAAUACUCAAAUGGACUAAUGUAUAUGGAUACUUUCUCCCCAAGAAUGAAAAGGCUAAGAAGCAGUUUUCUGAGUACAUUCAAGUUGAAGCUGAGGUAGCUUUGGAAAAACUUCAGCAAUGUGCAAAAGUGGAAGAAACAAUGUUUCAAGACAAUUAUCCAGAAGAAUCUCUUAAUAAAUUUCAGGAGAAGGUAAUUCAUCUGACUGAUGUGACAAAGAUUUAUUUUGAGAAUCUGUUGAGAGCUUUUGAGGAUGGCCUAGAUAAGGUGGAAGCAAGGAGGUCGAUUAAGUAGGCGAGACCUAGUUUCACACAUGAUCUUUGGCAGUGUGAGGCAUGUGGUCAUCAUACUUUGGCUUUUCUCUUGUGUGCCAGAGCAACAAUUGCACACAAUACUUUCCUUAGCAGGCUAGGUAUUUUAGUUUCCCAUUUCUUUGAUUAAUGUUUUGAUAAUGGAGUUUUAUGAUUUUACAGAUUUGCAACCAGUACUUAUUUUCAUCUGUAGCUAAACUACUUAAAUUCUUGAGUUUUCUUUCAUUAGUUUGUCUAAUCUCAAUAAUCAUACAUAUGUGGUUCUGAACAUUGGUCAAUGGUUGCUCUUGGCAUUAACUGCCCCUCAGUAAAAGUGUUGAGAUAUUAUGAUA